GCAGGUGAGCCGCGGAGGCGCGCGCGGUCCCCGCGCCGCACGGAAGAGGAUGCGGUUGUCAAGACUACGUGGAUAGGAGGAGAGGACGAAGGGAGGAGGAAGGAUGGGCGGCCUUGGCGUCGCCGCAGGGAGGUGACUGAAGCGAGCCCGGCCCCUCGCAUCCUCCCCCUGUGUACCUCCCUCCCUCUUUUUUCCUCCUUCUGCCAGCAGAAGCUGCCGCCGCAGCACCUGAGCCGCUACUGCCGUUAGCUCAGGACGACGCGAUGGCUGAGCCCGGCCACCGCCACCAUCAACCUGCCGGAGGCAGGGGACGAACCGAGAAGCGCACGUCUGAGCUUCUGUACCUCCUGUUCUGGGCUGGGACCGCCUUCCAGGUAACCCAGGGAACAGGACCGGAGCUCCACGCCUGCAAAGAGUCCGAGUACCACUACGAGUACACUGCGUGCGACAGCACCGGCUCCAGGUGGAGGGUCGCCGUGCCUCACACGCCCGGCCUGUGCACCAGCCUCCCGGAUCCCGUCAAGGGCACCGAGUGCUCUUUCUCUUGCAACGCUGGGGAAUAUCUGGAUAUGAAGGACCAGUCGUGCAAGCCGUGCGCCGAGGGCCGCUACUCCCUCGGCACAGGCAUCCGGUUUGAUGAGUGGGAUGAGCUGCCCCACGGCUUUGCCAGCCUCUCCGCCAACAUGGAGAUUGAUGACAGCACCACGGAGUCCACUGAGAACUGCACUUCGUCCAAGUGGGUUCCGCGGGGUGACUACAUCGCCUCUAACACGGACGAGUGCACGGCCACACUAAUGUAUGCCGUCAGCCUGAAGCAGUCAGGCACAGUGAACUUUGAGUACUACUACCCAGACUCCAGUAUCAUCUUUGAGUUUUUUGUCCAAAAUGAUCAGUGUCAGCCCAAUGCAGAUGACACCAGAUGGAUGAAAACCACAGAGAAAGGAUGGGAAUUCCACAGUGUUGAGCUGAAUCGAGGCAAUAAUGUCCUCUACUGGAGAACCACAGCCUUCUCUGUGUGGUCCAGAGUUUCCAACCCUGUGCUGGUGAGAAACAUCGCCAUCACAGGAGUGGCCUACACUUCAGAAUGUUUCCCCUGCAAGCCGGGCACAUACGCAGCCAAGCAAGGCUCCUCUUUCUGCAAACUUUGCCCGGCCAACUCCUACUCAAAUAAAGGAGAAACUUCUUGCCACCCUUGCGACUCUGACAAAUAUUCAGAAAAAGGAUCCUCCUCCUGCAAAAUGCGCCCGGCCUGCACAGACAAAGAUUAUUUCUACACGCACACGGCCUGCGAUGCCAACGGAGAGACGCAGCUCAUGUACAAGUGGGCACAGCCAAAAAUCUGUGAUGAGGACAUGGAGGGGGCAGUGAAGCUCCCAGCCUCUGGCAUGAAGACCGUCUGCCCACCCUGCAACCCCGGCUUCUUCAAAACCAGCAACAGCACCUGUGACCCCUGCCCUUAUGGCACUUACUCCAAUGGCUCUGAUUGUACCAACUGCCCGGCUGGAAUGGAGGCUGUCCUGGGGUACGAAUACAAAUGGUGGAACAUGCUACCUGCAAACAUGGAGACGACUGUCCUCAGUGGGAUCAACUUUGAGUACAAAGGCCUGACAGGCUGGGAGGUGGCUGGUGACCACAUCUAUACAGCUGUUGGAGCCUCCGACAAUGAUUUCAUGAUUCUCACUCUGGUGGUGCCAGGAUUUAGACCUCCACAGUCAGUGACGGCAGACACAGAGAAUAAAGAGGUGGCAAGGAUUACGUUUAUCUUUGAGACCAUCUGUUCCGUGAGCUGUGAGCUCUACUUCAUGGUGGGCAUGAAUUCAAGGACCAACACCCCGGUGGAGACAUGGAAAGGUACCAAAGGCAAACAGUCCUACACCUACAUUAUCGAGGAGAACGCCACCAUGAGCUUCACCUGGGCCUUUCAGAGGACCACGCUUCAUGACACAGGCAGAAAGUACACCAGUGACGUUGCCAAGAUCUACUCCAUCAAUAUCACGAAUGUCAUGGACGGGGUGGCCUCCUAUUGCCGCCCUUGUGCCCUGGAAGACUCUGACAUGGGCCCCUCUUGCACUUCUUGUCCCGCUGGUUACUACAUUGACCGAGAUUCUGGAACCUGCCAUCCCUGCCCGCCCGAUACCGUCCUGAAAGCUCACCAGCCUUACGGGGCCCAGGCCUGUGUGGCUUGUGGCCCAGGGACCAAGAGCAACAAGAUCCACUCUCUCUGCUACAACGACUGCACCCUCUCACUCAAGAGCCCAGCCCGGGUCUUCGCCUACAACUUCUCGGCGCUGGCAAGCACGGUUUCCCUGGCUGGAACGCCAAGCUUCACUUCGAAAGGCCUCAAGUAUUUCCAUCACUUUACCCUGAGUAUUUGUGGAAACCAGGGUAAGAAAAUGUCUGUGUGUGCUGACAAUGUCACUGACCUCCGGAUCCCCGAGGGUGAAUCAGGUUUCUCCAAAUCCAUCACGGCUUACGUCUGCCAGUCAGUCAUUAUCCCCUCCGAGGUGACAGGGUACAAAGCCGGGGUAUCCUCACAGCCUGUCAGCCUUGCUGAUCGACUUGUCGGGGUGUCAACAGACGUGACUCUGGAUGGAAUCACCUCUCCAGCGGAACUUUUCCACCCGGAGACCUUGGGGAUACCAGACGUGAUCUUCUUUUUUAGAUCCAGUGAUGUGACCCAGUCCUGCAGUUCUGGAAGAUCAACCACCAUCCGCCUCCGAUGCAAUCCACUGAAAACUACUCCUGGAAUCGUGUCUCUACCACGCAUGUGCUCUGAUGGGACCUGUGAUGGCUGUAACUUCCACUUCCUGUGGGAGAGCGUGGCCGCCUGUCCACUUUGCUCCACUGCCGACUACCACACUUUUGUCAGUAGCUGUGUGGCUGGGAUCCAGAAGACCACUUACAUGUGGCGAGAACCAAAGAUAUGCUCUGGUGGCAUCUCCCUACCUGAGCAGAGGGUCACCAUCUGCAAAGCGAUCGAUUUCUGGCUGAAAGUGGGCAUCUCCGCAGGCACCUGUAGCGCCAUCCUGCUCACUGUCCUGACCUUCUACUUUUGGAAAAAGAAUCAAAAACUUGAAUACAAGUAUUCCAAAUUAGUGAUGAAUGCGACGCUAAAGGACUGCGACCUCCCAGCAGCUGACAGCUGCGCCAUCAUGGAAGGAGAAGACGUGGAAGACGAGCUCAUCUUCACCAGCAAGAAGUCUCUCUUUGGAAAAAUCAAAUCGUUUACCUCCAAGAGGACUCCUGAUGGGUUUGACUCAGUGCCACUGAAGACAUCCUCAGGAGGCCCGGAUAUGGACCUGUGAGGGCCCGCCCGCCUCACCCGCCUCCUCGGCGUGGCAUAUCACUUUGCAGCCUGUGUGAUCGGGAGCCAGCAUCCUGCACUUCCUGCUGCUGGAAAUCUCUUCAUUGUGGCCUUAUCAGAAGAAGUUUGGAUUUCAGAUCUUUGUUUUUUAUAGAGUCCCCAAACCUCCCAUUCUGCUUGUCUCAAACCCGCCAAAUAUACCCACCCUUUGUAUAUUAUUCCCUUGCUUGAAUCUUGUUUCCUAAAACAGACCAGCCACCAGAGCCAUAGCCUCCUCCAACCAUAAUUCUUAUAGCUCUGGAGUGAAAAUAUUUUUCUCUUGAGGAUAAAAGCAACACACUGGAGGGCAGGAAGAGCUGGGAGUUUUCCGGGUCGUAUACCCUCUGCUUGCGAUCUCGUUUCGGGAGGGACUGGGUGAGCAGGAGGUCGGGGCUUGGGGACAGGUGAUCCUCAUGGAAGCCUGGAUUCACUCCUAACGGGCAGCUCACACUGCCGGCCAUGGACAGUCAGAGGGCAGGCCACGGAAAGUCUGGGAAGGAAGAGGCUCGAUAAGCACAAAGAGAGGCAAGAAAGAACGGGUUGUUUGUUCUGUUUUAUAACCAGGUACCUCAUUUCGUUCUCCUAAGUAAUAAAUAUAUUCUCACUAAAGCCAAAGGAGAAUGUUCAUCCAGACAAUGCCAAAGCCCUGGUGGAUCAACUCUCUCAAUUAUUUAUUUACUUACUUUUAUCUCUCUAUGACACUAAAGACUUAGGAGGCCAAGGUUUCAGUGGGCCCGUUCUGGGGGCUGCAGCCCACAGUGGCGCCGACCAGGGGCAGUUGUGAGGUCUGUUCCUGAGCUCAGCUUAUCUGCUGAGCUGCAGAAUUGAAAAUUUGUAGGCUGGCCGGGAGGGGAGCUGAAUCCCAAGCCAAGUCCGCAGCAGCAGAACCAGACCUGUCUUCCAGGAGGCAAGAGUAGGGGAGCUUAACAAGGGACUCCCUAAGCUGGGGUGAUUCUCACCGCUGAGCUCCUGUCCUUACAUUUUAGAACUUCUCAUUUCCUUUGUGCACCACAAUAGGACAAAGAGAUCUGGCCUCCACUUCUAACAGUCCCUUGGAAAGGUGACAAGAAUGGGCAUCCUCUUGGCCGCUGUCUCUUUCAUUCUAGCUAUAACAUGUAAACUUGAAGUAUCUAGAAGGGUAAAAGCACAGCAAGAUUUUCAGUUCCUUUUUUUCUGUUACUGGCAGGCCUCCCUCCCUUAUCAGGCUAGACUAACCUGGCCCAGCUGUCGGUGGUUUGUACCUGGGCCCCUCUUCCAUUCACCACGUGGUGACCAGAUGGUCAGAAUAGAAUGGAGAGGCAUUUCUGAGCAGUUUGUCUGUGAACAAAGUGGUUUUCCCAUCUGCUUAGCUGCCAUUGCCUUGACAUUAGUCCUAUAAAAAUCAAUGUGAAGGGGAAUCCCAUCAACAUCGAUGAUGGCAGGGAGUCCCUUUGGCUCAGUGAAUCUAGAUGCUGGGCCUGAACUUACUGUGGAGUCCAGGCUGACCUUGGAUAAUUAGCAGUCCUCCUCCCUCAAGCUCCCUAGUGCUGGGGUUAUAGACAUGCACCACUGUGUCCCGCUGGAUGGUUUUCUUGGAUAAGCAGAUCUCCCCUGCCUUUGUGGUGAUCGGCGUCUCAGCACCAGUGGCCAGGCUGAAAUUUCUACUGGGGGAUGCACACAGGUAGCCCUGACCCCAGCCUUCUGCAGAGUUAGUGACACCUGGGAAUCUGCCACACAAUAAAUAGCUGCCUUUUGUGACAAAGGCCACAGAAAGGGCUUAGAAAAACUUUAUCCCUAUAACCUCUUUAUUCUGCUCCCUUGAAAUUGAUUGUCCCCAAAACUCCACUGAUAUUUUUUUCUCACCAAUUUAGUUAUAAGGCUCUAAGGAUAUCCUUUUUAUUGGGUUGAUUUCUAAGGGAAGGGAGUCCCCACCCUUUACUCUCUUAAAAAACUAUAUGCUUUAGAUUUUUAAGAGCUCUAUUGAACUCUAUUCAUACCAUGCAAAUUUGCCUGUUAAACAUACACAAUUCAAUGUCUUUUAGUGUACUUUCUUUUCUGUUGUUGUUGUUGUUGCCAUUCUACCCUUCCUAGACAAGUGCUCUACCACUGAGCACACCCCUAGCCCUGCACAUCCACUGUAGAACAGACACUCAUUAGAUCUGCUAUGGGCAAAGGCUUUCGUCCUUGACCCAGGACCACAGUGGUUUGCACAACCUAUUGAGGAAGACCAUGUAGGCUCAAGAGAUCAAACAUUAAAUCUCAUUUGGUGACCUGGAGUCCCACGACCCAAGAAGUUCUUUCAUCCUGUAGUCCACACCUGGGAAUACAAAUAUGAUUGUGGUGGAUCUAAGGACCAGAGGAUUUCUUAUGCCAACAAAACAUUUUUGGGUGUCUAACUAUAUAUUAAAGAGAAGAUGGACUAUAUUUAUACAACAGAGACUUUGUAAUAGAUUUUUCAGCUUUGUGAAAUCAUUGUUUUUCUCAUCAGGACUGGUUGGAUUUCCUUUUUAUUCUGUAUUCCAAACAUGUAUAGUUUAUUAGGGGAUGGGUUAUUGGCAUGUCACAUUUGGGGGGUGGGGUUGAAAUAAAAAUGUACUUUUUGA